AAGAGCGCGCGAAUAUGCGCGCGGGCUCCGGGGGGAGGGACACCAGAAGAGGAGGGGAGAGAGAAGGGGGCUCUUAGACUACCUGAGAGCGCGCCUCCGCCAGGUCAGACACUCAGCGCGUGCGGAGCGGCGGUUUGGGAUGCGCGCGUGACGGCACGGAGAAGACCCCCCUCCCGGAGAAGCUGUGCGCGCGGCGGGAGGAGGAGCAGGAGGAGACGCGGGCCCUCCGUGGAAAAGUUUCGGGGCUGCAGAGACCCUGAUGGGGAGCGGGACGGGACCCCCCUGAGGAGUCCGGUCCUCCCCGUCUGCGCCUCCUCCGAUCCGGAUCCGCGCAGCAGCUUAUGGGACAGUAACGUGAUGAACAGGGACAGAGCGGGACCGGGACCGGAUGGAGUCCAGGCGAACCGGGACCGAGCGCAGGCCAGCGGGGACGGGGGCCAGAGCCUGGGGGGUCCGGAGAACGGAGAGACGCUGGACGGAGCUCCCGCCGAGGACAAGCGGCUCUUCCCGGGCGCUCUGACCGGAGGCAGAGACGCUCAGGCCGCGGAGAACCACUGCGAACCGCCGCCCACCAACCCGGUGCUGGCCGCGCCACCACAGGGCCCCACCGUCCACCGAACCACAUCCUUCUCCGUUUUGGACAUUUUGGACCCAAACAAGUUCACGAGCCGACGGCACCAGCAGCUCGCGAGCCUCCGCGCCGAGCGCGAGCGCGAGCCCAGCGACUAUGAGCCUCGGAACCAGAGAGGAGGCUCGGCGGAGCGGGAGGUCCGGAUGGAGGGCAGCAAGGGCUGCUACGGAGCGGACGAAUACCAGAGCAAGGAGGGCUUUGUGUACAGAAGUCCAGAGGACGAGGACUACCACAGACCCGGGACUCCGGACUCGGAGGCUCCAGACGGGACUUACAGCAGCGAGGAGAGCAGUUCUGCUCUUCCCACCAACGGAGACCGAGAUCUGGGCCAGCACAGCCACUCGGACGCCGGCAGAGACGCCAAAAGCCCCGGCGGAGGCUCGGGGUGCCCGAUGGGCGGCGGGCAGGCCUCGGGGGGACAGGGGGCCAAGCCCAAGAGGAAGCGCUCCGGCUCGGACUCCAAAUCGGGGAAGCCCCGCCGGGCGCGGACUGCCUUCACCUACGAGCAGCUGGUGGCGCUGGAGAACAAGUUCAAGUCCACGCGCUACCUGUCCGUGUGCGAGCGCCUCAACCUGGCGCUGUCCCUCUCCCUGACUGAGACCCAGGUCAAGAUCUGGUUCCAGAACCGCCGGACCAAGUGGAAGAAGCAGAACCCCGGAGCCGACACCUCCGCCCCCACCGGGGCGGGAGGUGCAGGUGGCGCCGGAGGAGGGGGCGGCUCCGGAGGAGGCCUGGGGAGCCUGAGCCCCCUGAGCCCGUCGCCGCCGGUCAGCGGCCACCUGGCCAUGCAUGCGGGCUACGGCGGCCACCACCACCCCCCCGCCGGCAGCCUGGUGCAGCUGCCCUUCCUCACCGCCAGCCACGUGCUGUCUCCGUUUAUGCUGGGGACGCAGAGUUACGCCGCGCCCGCCUUCUACAGCACACACCUGUAGACAGGUGCAGACUUUUUACUACGGGAAGGCUUUAAUUUAAAGGGAUUAUUUUGAUAGAAUAUCUACCAGAAACUGUACAUAAAUCUAUGUUGUAACUCCUUCUGGAUGCUUUUAAGCCGUGUGAUAGACAGCUAGAUGGUUUCUCCCUUUUCCGUGUUUUUUUUAAGCCUGAAUCAUCAUUUAUGCUUUAAGGAAUGGCUUGAUCCUUGUCAGUACUGUGUAUCUCCAGCUGUGAUUGUUUUUUCCUUUCCGUUGACCUUCGGCCUCCGUGGAUCGGGUGGAUGUACCGAUUCCUCCACAUGGUAUUGUCCUUUGAUAUUGAUGAUUAAACAGAAAAGAGGAACUCCACGUGGUGUAGCAGCUGGUGUCGGGAGGCGGAAGGAGGUCAGGGGAGGGGGGCUGAUGCGAUUGGUGGUUGUGGUGUCAUGUGACCGAUGAUGCUCAGAGUUAAAAAAAAAAAAAA